AUGCCGGGCACAACGGUGAGCAGCCCGGGGCUGCUGCUUCUUGCCCCUCGGCAGGCGGACUCCGAGCCGCAGCUGCCCCGGGCCAGCAGCAGCCGGCAGCUCGCAGGUGAACGGUUCAGGUGCCAUCCCGUGGGCACGGCGGUGCUGAUUCUGCUGCUCCUGGUGCUCCUGGCGCUGGCUUUGGGGGCGGCCUUGGCUGUGCUGGCAGCACCACAGGUUCCAGUCACACCUGCGACACCGCUGUUGGUUCUGGGCUGUCCCCGUGGCUGGGUGGGCUACAAUGGGGUCUGCUACUACUUCUCAAGGGAUUACAGCACGUGGGAGCAGGGUCAGGAACGGUGCUCCGAGCUCAAUGCCUCCCUGGCCAUUGCCCAGGAUGAGGAGGCCAUGGAUUUGCUCUUCCGCCUCCGCGGGAACGGCGAUUUCUGGCUCGGGCUGCGCAGACGGGGCGAGCGCCUGCACUGGGGGGACGGCAGCAGCUACAGCUCCCGGGUUCCUGUCCUUGGCACUUCCGAGUGUGUGUACCUGGCUGACGAUAAAUUCAGGAGUGAGUUCUGCUCCAAUGAGCGGCCGUAUGUCUGCAGCAAGGCCCAAGCUCCCCUGUAA